UCUGAUCCAAAUCAAUUCAAUUCAUCAACCAUUCAACAACAACAUGAACCACCGACAACAACAACAACGACAGUAAAUCUACAAGUAGAUCUGGAUCUAGAUUCAUUGUUUAUUGAUACUACAGCAGUAAAUAAUGAAGAUGAUGUUGUUGUAAAUUCAAUUUCUAUGCCGAAAUCGACAAGUUUACUGGAUGAUAACGAUGAUGAUUGUGACCAAAAUGAUGAAGAUGAUGGUGAUAAACACUCUUCAUCCAGCACACCAAGUGAAUCGUGCUUAUUGUCAUCGACAGAUGAAAAUAAUCAUCAUCUUAAUCCAAUUAUGAUCAAUGCAAAUGAAACAAUUGAUCAUCAAUCAAUUAUCGAUAAUUAUUCAACAACGGCAACAACAACAACGACAUUUAAUGGAAAUUCUGCAAAUUGUUUUACAUUUUCAAAUUGUCCAAAUAAUGAAUACAAUAAUAGUAGUAGUAUGGAAUCUUCAUCAUCAUCAUCAUCAUCAUCUUCAUCAUCUUCAUCAUCCUCAUUGUUAUCAAAAUCUGAUAAUAAUUCACAACAAUCGGCUAGUAAUCAUCAAAUGAAUGGUUGUGAUACAUUAUCAUCAUCAUUAUAUGAAGAAAAUGAUAAUGAUCAUGUUUCAUUUGAAUGUCUUGAAGAAGCAUUAUUAUUAAAUGAUGAUGAUGAUGAUGAUGAUGAUAAUGGUUCAAAUACAAGUACAAAUAGUGUUGGUUAUGGUUUCGAAAACAUUAUCAACAACAACAAUAAUAAUAAUAUCAACAACAACAACAACAACAAUAACAUCAACAAUAACAACAACAACAACAGCAGCAAUAGCAAUAAUAGCAAUAAAAAACGUAAAGCAAACAAUUCAAAAAAUUAUAUUGGCAAACAGAAUCUAUUUCAAGAAUUUCAAAGCGAUGAUGUUGCCAAAAUUCGUGAUAAUGAAAAUAAAUAUAUAAUCGCAUUACAAAAAGACAUGAAAAUCGUUGGUUACCGUUGUGAUUGGCCAGAAUGUGAAUUUCUUACCUGCCGUAAAUAUGUUAUGGUCAAUCAUAUAAAUGGAAAACACACUAAUCAAAGGCCUUAUUCAUGUGACAUGUGUAAUUUUACAUUUGUCAAACGUUAUUUUCUCAAAGCCCAUAUGUAUAAAGUACAUAAACGGCGAAUGAGUUUAGAUGACCGAAAAGAUCAACAUGACACUGAUAUUCAUAAUGAUGAUUGUUCAUCAUCAUAUGAUGAUUCUAAUGCAGCCAUUAUCAUCAACAAUAGCAGUAGCAAUAAUAAACGUGAUCAUCAAAAUCAUGAUUCAUUCAAUGAUUCAUUAGGCUUAUUGGUUAAUAAUAAUAAUAAAUUUAAAAUCGAUCCACAAUCUACAAUGAUCAAUAACGUAUAUAAUAAUGAUAUGAUUUAUGAUCAACAACAACAGCAACAACAGCCGCAAAUUCCUUAUAAUGGACAAUGUCCAUUACCAUCAGUAAAUGAUGUUCAAAAUAUUUGUUAUAAUAAACAACAACAACAACAACAACAACCAUAUAAAUCUUCAUCUUAUCAUGAUUAUUCUGAUAAUAUCUACGCAUAUAAUAAUAAUGUUUAUAAUAAUUAUCAACAACAAUCGACGACAAUUGUAAAUAAUAAUCAUCAUCAUCAAUUUGAUAAUAAACCUAUUGAUGAUUCAAUGGUUAUUAAUAAUAAUGAUAAUAAUAAUUACAACAGUUAUCCACAAAUGAAUCAUAUUGAUAAUAAUAAUUCAUAUCCAUCAAUGUUAUCGACAACUACAAGACAACAAUCAUCAUCGAUUAUUGAUCCAUUAUUGACACCACCAUUAAUUAAUAGCAAUAAUAAUAAUUGUCAUCAUAAUCAUCAUCGCCGUCCUUCAACCCUUGUGGUUAAUAAUAAUAAUAAUAAUAAUGUACCAAUGACCAAUACUACUGAUUGUUAUAAUAAUUAUCCAACAAUUGAUCAGCAACAACAAUCAUCAUAUUGUAGCAAUAAUAAUAAUACAGCCUUAACAUUGACCAAUGGCCAUCAACAUCAUACACAUCAUAAUUCAUCGAUAAUUAUAACGGAUGAAUUUCUUAGUCCACCAUCAUCGAUAUCAUCAAAUGGUUCAUCAUCAUCAUCAUCAUCAUCAUAUAAUAAUGGCAAUGGUCAAUGGCCAUUAUCCAAUGAUCUACAAAUGCAACAACCAAUUCGUGUUUCAACAUCAUCGACAACGACAACAGCGACACCACCAACAAUAAAUAGCAAUAAUCAACGGAAUUUAUUGAAUAAUACACCAAAUUCAUUAGCAAAUAAUUCAUCAUUUUUCCUGCAUACACCAUCACCAUCACCAUCAUCAUUAUCACAUUCACCUGGUAAUAAUAAUAAUUCAUCAAUUCCAAUGAUUUUUCCAACAACAUCGGCCACGACAACGACAGCAUUGAUCAAUGUAAAUCAACAAUCUCCAGACAUUACUACUGGCUAUAAUAAUAAAAAUAUUUCACAACAACAACAACAACAUUAUCCAACCAAUUUUGCUGAUACAUUUAUUAAUGGCAAUCCAACAACGAUUGAUUAUUGUGAUUGGGAAAUGAAAAAUGAUCAUAAUGAUGAUGGUGGUUUAUACGAAAAAACCAACAUGUAUCAUCAUGGAUCGAUGAAACAACCAACACCAUCGACAACAACAACCAUACAACAUCAGCCACAGCAGCAGCAGCAACAACAAUAUUUUGGUUUUGAUCAACAACAACAUUCACAACCAAUCGAUAAUAAUUAUGAUCAGCUUUUAAUACCUUCUUAUAAUGAAUUUACAGCAAGUAAUAACGGUACCGGUGGUGGUUAUCAUCAAGUUGAUCAUCCUAAUCAAUCGAAUCAAAUGAUGAUGAUGUCAACAACGUUUGGUCAUCAUCAUCAUCAUCGUACAUCAUUUAACAAUGGUCAACAACAGCAGCAGCAACAACAACAACAAGAAUGUUGGACAACUGGAACAUGGUAAAAUAAUUUAAAAACUAACGAACUCAUACACCUAAAUCAUUGAUCUCAUCAAUAAUCAUAAUAAUGAUACUUAAAUGUCACAUCUAUUUAUUAUCUCAAAUUACUGAAUGCAAGAUUUUGAUGAUGAACAAAAUUUUUUUCCUUUCAAAAAUUUUCGUUUUUCAUUUCAUAUAAUUUUUGGCAAUACUUUCGUUGGCUAAACUGAUUUUUUUUGUUCUAUCUUGUUACAUCAUCAUUCAUUCAUUCAUCGAUCGAUCGAUCGAUCGAUCGAUCUAUC